UGACGUGUGCAGAAGUCCUUCUUGUUCUGGUCGUUGUUCCGUCUGAGUACCAGCUACCCACUGCUCUGAGGGAGAGCGGGCCUGUGGCUGAGGGAAGAAGGAGGAGGAGAAGGAAAUUGUCCCGGAUCACAGCAGCUCUGUCGUCCUGGCUGUUUAGUGGAUCCGAGCCUCUCCCAGGUUGCCAGUCUUUCCGUAGUUUGUGGCUCUACGCCAGACAAGUGAAGAGGAAGGAAAUUAACCCUGAUCAGUGAAGGUCGAUUUGAGGGUUUGCUGUAGCAGGUGGCACCACUUGAAGCAAGGGAGGAAGUUUCCUUGGAUCUGCAGAGAUUGCAAGGGUUGUUGGGUGUGGCACAAUUCCAGGGGAGGGAAGAAGGGGCAAACUGCCUGUCUGGAGGAGGUUCACUUCGGGUAUCAGCUCCUGUGGCCCUGAAGUGGCUGAAGACAAAUACCAUCCACAGACCGGCACCCAAGCCCAUAGUUCUCCCCAAGCCUGCGUGACUACUCUGUUCCUUGGUCCCUGCUAUUGUCAGGGACGAUUGCAUGGGCUACGCCAGGAAAGUAGGCUGGGUGACUGCGGGACUGGUGAUUGGGGCUGGCGCCUGCUAUUGCAUUUAUCGACUGGCCCGGGGAAGAAAACAGAACAAAGAGAAAAUGGCUGAGGGUGGGCCUGGGGAUGUGGAUGAUGUUGGGGAUUGUCCUGGGGCCAGGUACAAUGACUGGUCUGAUGAUGAUGAUAACAGUGAAAGCAAGGGAAUAGUAUGGUACCCACCUUGGGCCCGGAUUGGGACUGAGGCUGGGACCAGAGCUAGGGCCAGAGCAAGGGCCAGGGCUACCCGGGCUCGAAGGGCUGUUCAGAAACGGGCUUCUCCCAACUCAGAUGAUACUAUUUUGUCCCCUCAAGAGCUGCAAAAAGUUCUUUGCUUGGUUGAGAUGUCUGAAAAGCCUUAUAUUCUUGAAGCAGCUUUAAUUGCUCUGGGUAACAAUGCUGCUUAUGCAUUUAACAGAGAUAUUAUUCGUGAUCUGGGUGGUCUCCCAAUUGUUGCAAAGAUUCUCAAUACUCGGGAUCCCAUCGUUAAGGAAAAGGCUUUAAUUGUCCUGAAUAACCUGAGUGUGAAUGCUGAAAAUCAGCGCAGGCUUAAGAUAUACAUGAAUCAAGUGUGUGAUGACACAAUCACUUCUCGCUUGAACUCAUCUGUGCAGCUGGCUGGACUAAGAUUGCUUACAAAUAUGACUGUUACUAAUGAGUAUCAGCACAUGCUUGCUAAUUCAAUUUCAGACUUUUUUCGUUUAUUUUCAGCAGGAAAUGAAGAAACCAAAUUUCAGGUUUUGAAACUCCUUUUGAAUUUGGCUGAAAAUCCAGCCAUGACUAGAGAACUUCUCAGGGCCCAAGUACCAUCUUCACUGGGUUCUCUCUUUAAUAAGAAGGAGAACAAAGAGGUUAUUCUGAAACUUCUGGUCGUAUUUGAGAACAUAAAUGACAAUUUUAAAUGGGAAGAAAAUGAACCUACUCAGAGUCAGUUUAGCCAAGGUUCACUUUUUUUCUUUUUAAAAGAAUUUCAAGUGUGUGCUGAUAAGAUUCUGGGGAUAGAAAGUCACCAUGAUUUUUUGGUGAAAGUAAAAGUUGGAAAAUUCAUGGCCAAACUGGCUGAGCAUAUGUUUCCAAACAGCCAGGAAUAACUUCUUGAUUUUGUAGUUUAGAAGCAACACACAUUGUAAACUAUUCCUUUUCUCCACUUUGUUUAUAUGGUAAAGGAAUUCUUUCAGCUACCAAUUUUGAAUAUCAUAUUGUAUCAUCAAUGCUGAUAUUUAUCCGAGUUGAUCUUUAGGUCUAAGCUGGAUGAAUGAAUGUCACUACAUGUUCUGAAAACAUGUUUGUUGCUUUAUAUCUCACUGCCUAGACUGAAAUAUUUUUUACUAUUUCUUCUGUAUAAAUGACAGUGAACCAAUUCAUCCUAAAUAAGUUCCCUCCUGUCAUUUGCAUUAACUUCAUUUAUGUAUCAUCAAUAAAGUUGCGUGUUAAUGCUGAAAAGAAAAAAAA